AUGCUUGAGAAGGUUCUGGCAAAUCAAUCCAAGUCUGAAAGGACAUUAUCUGGGCUAAUAGAGACAGUGGGAUCCCAUACAGCAGCUAUUCAGAAGCUCGAGUCACAGAUGCGUGAUAUUUCUAGAGAGCAGCACCCUCCUAAAAAGGGAGGACUUCCUAAUGACACUAUUCUAAAUUUGAAAAAUGGGGGAGGUGGUGUAGACAAGGAAGAGGUGAAGUCUGAAGCACCGAUUAUUGUUGAUGAGAAUCCUAAUGACGAGAAAUCUGCUGAUAUUCCAGAAAUUUCAAAGGAGGCUGAUGGCAAGAGCAAGCAAACUAGGUUGGUAAAGAAGAAAGAAGAUGCUAUGUUCGAAAAAAUUUAUGAUCAGCUGAAGCAGUCAUCUCUGAAUUUUUUAUUCUUAGAAGCUGUCAAAGAAAUGCCUGGUUUUGCUAAUUACUUGAAGGACCUGUUAACCAAGAAGAAGACGGUGCAACAUAAAAUCGUGAGUUUGACUCAUACUGUGAGUUCCAUCAUUUCAACAAUUACUGUCCAAAAAAAGGGAGAUCCUGGGGCGUUCACCAUUCCUUGUUCUAUGGGGCAUCAUGAUUUUGCUUGUGCUCUGUGUGAUAAUGGGAUGGCUGAUAGGUCUAUUAAGAAGCUUGUUGGCUUGGUUGAUGAUAUCCUUGUGUGGGUUGGUAAAUUUAUAUUGCUCGCUGAUUUUGUGAUUCUUGACCGUGCUAUUGAUCGAAGCAUUUCUAUUAUUCUGGGAAGACCUUUCCUUGCUACCGGAAGAGCUCUGAUGGAUUCAGAGAAAAAUGAAAUCAAAUUCCGAGUCAACGAUGAGGAAGUUACUUUUCAGAUGGAAGAAGAAAGUUUGGGAGAAGCUCUGGCUGGUAUUCUUGUAAAUUUUUAUGCUUAA